AUGUUUGCCUCAAACGGGAUCAUGCUUCCGGGUUUAUUCGAUUCAACGCAGAGCUUUGUCCCGACUAGUCCAACCGCCUUAAACGGACUGUUUAACAAUGUUUUUACCCAUCCAGCACAACCCGACUACAACACCAAUCUACAACUCCUACAAUUACAGUUACUCUGGCACAAUCCUGACCUACUCAACAACUUGUUAGGCAAUUACAAUACUACUAAAGUAAGUUUUCUUAUGAUUGCAUUUAUACUUCUUAUCCUUAAAAAUAAGACAACAGUAAUUUAAUGCCAUUUUGAUGUCAUCCAAGAUCAUUUUUAUAAAUUUUAAAAAUGACGACUAAAUGAGACAAUUCCAGACCAUCGACUCAACUCCAUCGCUCCCGGAAUCCCCAAAACACAAACAACCUUCGCCAGCAUCACGGAAACGACCCGCUUCAUCCAGUCGGUUGUCAGAAACUCCUAGUCCCAGCUCGGUUCCAACCAAAAAACACAAAAAUGUCCGAAAAAUUUUGGCAGCCGACGCCGAGACCAACUCUCCAGUGUCAGGAAUGUACAUCAAGGACGCGUCUGAAGUCAGCGUCGACGAUCUUCAGAAGGCUUCGGAAUUGGAUGAGACUGCUUCGUGUGUGCACGUUAGCGAAGAAUCUAAGAGGAAGAUCGCGGAGAUCCCUAAUUUGAUAGGCGACUCGAUAUGUUCGUUGUGUAAGGUCAAGUUUGUGGACGUGUUUCGUCUAGCGAUGCACAGAUGUCCGAGGAUCGUGCACGAAGAGUACAGAUGCCCAGAGUGUGACAAAGUAAGGGUUUAGUCAUACUUUAUUGUAGUUGUUUCAUAUGUAUUUUCCAAAACUCCUUAUUCUACGGGCUUCUUACUUGUCUUUCCGUCUAAAAAAACCUUAAAACUAGAUCUCUUGACCUUCUUCUAUGCGUUAUAUUGUGUUUUUUGCCGCAAAACCCCUUACUGCCUUAUACUGGCAAUGUUUUGAUUGCCGUUUUUUACCGCCACCCCAAUUAAGCCAAUAUUUGAGUAAUUAACUCCACAAUGCGUUCAUAGUCACACGAAUUGACAGACGCGCGAAAGUCGACCGUAAUUGGCAGCCGCCGACAAAGAAGUUGCCGAGAGUUGUCUCGGCCUAGCUGGGUGCCGAGAUUGGUCUCGAGAGGGCCGCCUCUGGAUAAACACUUGGCGCCUUUCGGCGUCGCCCAACACAGUGGCCUCAUGCGGUGCUGCACUUGACAUGUCCCCAACUUUGAAUUACCGCCCUUUACAAACAAACCCGAGCUGGGUUGUGUACAUGCAGUAAAACACUGUCUUUGAACGUGUACUUACUUCGGGAGCCUUGUCAUGCAUAAGAAAGUAAAAAAAUCCUAUAAAAUAUAAAUAAACUAUAAUAAAUUCAAUGGCAACCUUAAAUGCAUUAGGUACAAUCAUCAAACGUAUAAACUUAAACUCCUAACCACUAUUGUUUUUCAGGUAUUCAGUUGCCCCGCCAAUUUGGCAUCACACCGCCGUUGGCAUCGACCAAAGGCCAAUAACAUCGACGCACAAUCAACUUCUUCAGAAUCCUCAAAACAAUCUCCGACUCCGGCACUGAUCUCACUCGGCUUCACUACAGACUCUUUAGCUUUGUGUUAG